AUGUUCACUUCCCGCGCUUUGGCUACGAGGCAGCUGUUGAUGGCCUCGGCGGGUACUGACGUUGGCAAGUUGGGGGGCGCCAUCUGCGCCAGGCUUCGCCAGGAGGGCCAGGCAGAGGUCCAGGCGAUGGGGCCCGCGGCGCUCCAACGGGCGCUCAGAGGGUUGCUACGCUGCCGCUACUGGCUGCAGCAGGAACGUCCGGGCCACGAGACGUACCUCUCAGUGGAGGCGAUCCACCAUGAAGCCGGCAGCAAGGCCGAGCAGGCCAUGGGCGAGCUGCGCUUGGCCGUGCUGUUGCGCCCGCGGGUGGUCUCGGCAGCCUCUGAGGAGGAUGUGGUGGUUUCACAGAAGAGCAACAUCGGGAAAUUGGGCGCCUAUGUUUCUGCGCGCUUGGCGGAGGACGCUGAAGUUCGCCUCGCUGUGCGCAGCGUGGGGCCCAAGGCGGGCAGCCAGGCCCUAAGGGCCCUGUCCAUCGCCACCAGGUUGGUGGCGAAGGAUGGAUACCGCUUGCUACUGGCGCCGCGCGAGGAGGAGAAGGCCGAGGAUGCCGGACCGUCCGUGCGGCAGCUGGUGCUGGUUUGCCAUCGGAUGCCCUUGGAAGAAUGA